AUGAUUGGAAAAUGGAGGCAAUGGGAGAAUGGACCGGAAUGUACACUUGUACCACCAUCGAGGAGGCUGACUUCAAAAGCCUUAUGCCAGGGCAACGAUGACAGCCACCACCACCACGCCGGCGGCGGCGGUGGAGGCGUAUCCGGAGAUCACCACGGUGGUUUCUGGAACGUGGGCCCGCACGAGCUCAGCCUCAACGUCAACGCGGCGUCGUUUUACAACCCGAUGGACGUCAGUGCAGGUUUCUGCAGCUUCUCUAUCUUCAGCUUCUGUCAGGAGACCAGCAGCUACAGCGGUGGCUACUUCCCGGCCAUGGCGGCGUCGGCAGACGAUAACAACACGAACAAUAACGGGUCAUCGAUGGAUUUCGGAAUGGAGGACGUGACGACGACAACGAUCAACACGAACUCGUACCUUGUCGGCGACGAAACGAGUGAUUGCAACGUUAAUGCCGAGGAAUAUUCCGGAAAGGGUCACUUGCCGUUGGAGACUGUGGUUGAGAGCCACGACGAGAAUCUCCAGCCGGAAAUCUCCGUCACGACCGACCAGAAAUCCCUCAACCACUCCGACAGUUCGAAGAAACGGUCGCAUGCAACAUCAACUGACAGGAACAAGAGGAACACAAAGGCGAGGAGGAACCAAAAGAAUAGCAGCGGCAAUAACGAAGAAGAUGAAGGCCGGGAAGAGGAGGAGGAGAGCAAGGCGGCGGCCAUGAACAGGCAGAACUCGAGCAUCACUUGUUGUUCUGAGGAUGACUCCAAUGGCGGAGGAGAAGCUUCCUCCUGCAAGGCCGGACGCACCUCCUCGGCUCUCAACCUCAAUGGCAAGACUAGGGCUAGCCGUGGAGCCGCCACCGACCCACAGAGCCUCUACGCAAGGAAAAGAAGGGAAAGGAUCAACGAGAGGUUGAGGAUCUUGCAGACUCUUGUCCCUAAUGGAACAAAGGCAAGCAAAAUAUUCAUACAUUUAAUUAAUUUAUAA